UAGAGUCGCGUGUCUCGUGUGAUCUUCUUCGCGUGUUGCGGUUGCUUGGGUGCCAAGCGGCAAAACUCCUGCCUGUUUAGCAGAGUUACCAAAGCAAACUGUAGUAUUAGUCGAGCGGCUAGCUCAACAGCUCCUGGCGGAGAGCUCCAGCUGUGGAAAAAUGGUGGUGGGCCAGUGAGGCGUGAGGCGGGAGUUACGCAAGAGCAGGCCAAGCAGCAUGUCCAGCAUUGCCUCUUCUUCAGCCUGUUUGGAAUGGCAGUUCCUGCAGUGCUUCGGAGAGCGGACGCCUGGGGAGGACAUCCAGGAGGCCGACAUCAUUUCAGCGGUCGAGUUCGAUUAUGAUGGCCUACACCUUGCUACGGGCGACCGUGGAGGCCGUGUUGUCCUGUUUGAAAGGGUCAACCCGCAUGUGAGGACAGUGGGCAUGGAUGCACGAGCUCCACCUCCUCUUCCACGUGGGGCAUCUUUUGAGUAUCGCUACAUGACAGAGUUCCAGUCUCACGAGCCGGAGUUCGACUACCUUAAAUCUCUCGAAAUCGAGGAGAAAAUUAACAAAGUCAGGUGGUGCCGCAGCUCCAACAACACGCGAAUGUUGCUAUCUACAAACGACAAAACUGUGAAGCUUUGGAAGGUAUAUGAGAAAAAGGUUUCGUGCUUGUCCAACUUCAAUUUGGAAGGACGCAACAACGCGGCUACGGGGUCGCCUCGCCCGAACGCUCUGGCCAAUAGCCCAGUGUCGUUGCGCCUAACGCAGCCGCUCCGACUCCCGCGGGUCACUAGCACUGAGGUGCUUCUUGCUGCCCGCUGCAAGCGCGUAUUCGCCAACGCGCAUACAUAUCACAUUAACUCGAUCUCGGUCAAUAGCGACCAGCAGACGUUUUUGUCAGCGGACGACCUAAGAAUAAACCUUUGGAACCUGGAAAUUACGGAACAAAGCUUCAACAUUGUGGACAUAAAGCCGGCGAAUAUGGAGGACCUGACGGAGGUGAUUACGUCUGCGGAGUUCCACCCGCAGCAUUGCAAUGUGUUUGCGUACAGCAGCUCUAAAGGGUGCAUCCGGUUGGCGGACAUGCGGAACGCAGCGCUGUGUGACCGCCACACAAAAGCCUUUGAGGAGCAGGAGUCUCAGGCGAACAAGUCGUUCUUCUCGGAGAUUAUCGCCAGCAUCUCGGACAUUACUUUUAGCCGCGAUGGGCGAUACAUUCUAAGCAGGGACUACAUGACAUUGAAGCUCUGGGAUCUGGCGAAGGAGAACGCCCCCGUUGCAACAUACAACGUGCAUGAACACCUGCGGGCACGGUUAUGCGACCUGUACGAGAAUGACUCAAUCUUUGACAAGUUCGAUUGCUGCAUGAGCGGGCGUGGGGACGCCAUUGCGACGGGAUCAUACAACAACCUCUUCCGUGUAUUUGGGGCAUGGAACGGCACGGACCUGACGCUAGAGGCGUCACGUGACCCCAUGCGCAAGCGCUUACAGCAGCCAGCAAAGACAAAUCGCUUCGCCAUCCGGAACAAGAAUGGUCCCAGCAAGGGUGGACGCACAAACGAGCAGUCAGAGUCCGGCACGGACUACGCAUCCAAGCUUCUGCAUCUUGCUUGGCAUCCGGAGGCGAAUGUGGUUGCCGCGGCAGCCUCGAACUCUCUCUACAUGUAUUGCGCCUGAUCACAAUCUUAGCCUUGCGUAACCCUGGCGUGGUGUCAGUGGUCGCCAAGGAUUCCUUGGGCUUCCGAAGGAGGUCGGCUUGGAUGACAGCUGUGCGUCGUCACAUCGCGCCAACAGCGCCGGUGCAACAGCUGGGAGAAAGGGUGGCUGACGUCAACCCGUCAGUCUUGGGUGUACAUACCUGGUGUGUGUGAUGCUUAUCCCAUACGCACCGGGCCCUGGUUAUAUGCGUGCGCUAUACACAAUGUCCGCGACCUGAAGGGUGCCGGCUGGCCUGUGCCGGCGCCAUCAAUUUGGCGCUGUGGCCCUUGAACAUUUGACCAUGUAUGACUAAUCAUCCCGUACACAUACGCCUUUAGCACUGAACUGCAUGGACUUGGUUCGCUGGUGGAAGUGAACCUGCAUGUCGGUGGUGCAUGGGGUCUACGAGCGAGCGUGCGCCUGGGAUGGGAAUGUCCCGGGUAUCGGGGGCGGGGGUAAGUUGGGUCGUGUGUAUCUUAGGGGCGGCCUACAUGCCGGCGUUAUUGUGGGUAGGACACUGGUGAAGCGCAGUGCUAUGUGCAGUCUCCGUCUAUAGGCGUACAUGAAGUCUGAUAGGUACAGGUCGUCGAGGUGAAUGUGGGACUUGCGGCGAUUCAUCCAUUCACUCUCGCCAGGCGCCAGUCCUGAGAUGUAAGGACGGCCUUUGGUAGCGCGCGGCAUGGGUUUACUUGACUUGCUUUUGGGUAAGCUUUCCCCCAACAUGAUGAACAUAAGUGUGCUUAAGAAUGACUCCAGGUGAUCUGGAUAGUGGCACGGAUUGACCCCGUCGGGCUCUGUUCAUGUGCGGCGGACUGGCGUCGUUGCAGAUUACCUGUUUGCAACGAGCACUGAACUCCGUUACAUCGCGAUGACGCCAGUGGUGCUUCUUGUGAUUUACUUUGUUUUGGCCGCGGUGCUAUGUGCUUUCGGCAACAUGCCACCAGCAACCGGGAGUAUGUCCCAUGCUGGUUUGCUGACUGCAUCCCUUGACCACAUAAUGAGCUCACGGAUGAUGCCAAGUGCUGACUCUCCCAACGUCAGAGGCUGUGGGUCUGUACCGUUUCGAACGCGUGCGAAUGUUCCGAUUGUGUGCCUAUCGAAUGUGCGCUGAAUGGCCUACCUUUGCUCCAUGUCUUGUGGUCCGGGCGUCAGCUGGAUGCAAGCGUAUAGAUCUGGAGCGAGUUGGUACCGCAUUUAUGGCGCUCCCCAAGGCACGUUACAUUUGAAGUGGCCCCUUCUCCAAUAACCAAAGGAUCACCGGGAAUAGAGUUUGCCACUGCAACUGGAUGGGACUG